AUGUCCUCAACUCCAAUCGCACUCAAGCAGCCGAUCGCCAUUCGGCCCGAACAUAUUGCGUCGUCCCUUACAACCAUCAGAAUCAAGCAACACAGUAAGAGCUGGUCCGGAGGCGACUUCACCAUCUCAACCUGUCAAGGCGAAGAAGGAUCUGUCACUAAACUAUUCUCUGUUGACGGUGAUUUUGGAUCCUUGAGUCAGCGACGGCAUUUUCGAGAUUCCUCUGGUCUGCCCUUAUUUGAGCUCCAUCGUAAAAGGUCCGGUGUGACGUGGUUUGUCCACCUACCUAGUGACAAAAACGAUGACGAGCCUAUUGCCACAAUCGCAACGAAAUGGAGUGCUUUCAAGGACAAGUUUGACGUUCAUAUCAAGAAUGCUGCUGCAUCCGGAGAGGACACGGUCAUAGAAGUCCGCGGAAAGGAUAUAUGGAAAGUGAAAACGCAUGUCUACCAAAAUGGGGCACUGGUGAUGAUGGCAAAACUUACGGACAUGCUGUCGGUAUAUGUACCAGGGAAACGCCCUGAGUGGGAGCUGACGGUUGCAGAAGGCUUUGAUCUCUCGCUGGCAUCGAUUAUUGGCGUGCUCCUGGCCACCUUGCUUAAGUAUAGUAGCAUGCCGUCGUCGUAUUCCCCUAAGAGCCAGAAAGACGACGUUAUAUCGACGAGAAAUGAAAAAGGCAAGAUGCCGUGA